ACGGAACUUGUGACGUAGCAGCUAGGCACGUUCACCAUUCUAUGCGGACGAUAAAUAAACAGCUUCUGCCAACAAAUCCAGAUAUUGAGCAUUUUGGAGAUUACUUAUUACAAUUAUGGACUCCACAUCGACUAUUGGGGGGUUCAUGAGAACUCUUACGGAGAUGGGCUUCAGUGAAGAUCAGAUUCAGGCGGCGAUGCAAGCAGGUUUCUUCUCUGUACCAGAUGCAGCUGAAUGGCUUUUACAGGGUGGGAGUCCACGUCAUAAACUGGUCAAGCAGUCUUCACAGCCGCCAGAGACGGCAUUCUCUGCAUUCAACCCCCCAAAAGAUGCUCUGUGCUCCAGUAACUCACAGUCUGAAGCAACAGGUCCUUCUUUGGUCUUGGGACCCCCCUCCGUCAACACUCCCACAGGAAAAGAACAUCCACCCCUGGAAACACGGAUCAAACAGGACAAGAGUAACUUCCGUGAGCAGCAGAGGCAGCGAGUAGCCCAGGAGGCACAGCAAGAAAGGAGACAGAAGAAACAGGAGCGUGAGUUGGUAUUGAAGAGAAUAGCAGAGGACCGGCGUAGUCAGCAGGAAAAGGCCCAAUCCGAAGCCACCGCAGAGACCUCUCCAUCCAGUGGACUUGGACAGAGACUUGGUGGACGUGUGGAGACAAGCAUGGACAACCACUGCAUCCUCAUGAUUCGUCUCCCUUCUGGGGAAUCUAUGCGUGAACGUUUCCCUGCAGACACUCCACUAAGCCACGUUGUUGAAUACAUUGUCAGUCGCCACCCUAUGCUUCCCGCCUUCUCCCUUCUGCAAGGAUUUCCACGCAAACGCUUCGGAGAUGCAGAGCUGGCCUGCUCCCUCCGGUCCCUGGGACUGACCCCCAACGCUGCACUUUGCAUACAGACCACACCCCCCGAAACACCUCAGGACCCGCCAAGUCCAGCUUCUCAAUUGGCUGUUGUAGGACAGCCAGAAUCGGAGUUGCAGGAGGAGCCGGUGGCACCACCCAUUGAGCUGCCCCAAGAAGAAGGCAGAGCUUUAGAGGAAAUGGUUUUACCUCCACCCCUGCCCAAUCAGCUGUGGGAGGAAGCAGUGGGGUACGCUGGGAUUCCUGGGGUCGAGCCUCCACUCUCAGGACCUUCUCACUUCUGGGGACGAGGCCAGAAACUGGUGCCAAAUGAUGCUGAAGAUGAAGAACGUUUGGAAAAUGAAGAGCAACCAGAAGAAGUUUUACCUCCUUAUGAUUUCAACGGUCUGCCUCAGUUGCCCCUCUUCCUGGACAGGGCGAGAGGUGGACUGGAGCUGAGACACCACUGGCCAGAACAAGGCAAUAGACUCCGGGAGGCAGAGCCUAAUGAUCUAGCGGCAGACCCUGAGGUGGGGCGUGCAUUACGAGGGGCUGCGGGUCAAGCAGCAGUGCAGCGUUUACAGAGAGCAGCCCAUAAUGACGAACAGCAGGGGACACACGGACAGCCCUCACCCCCCAAAAAAGCUUUCAAGACCCCCCGCGUGCCCUCUCUCUGCUCCAUGGCGACCAGGACCACCGUUACCCUCAUGACAGCUCCCAGCAUGCAGUACAGUAGUAGUCUAGCGUGUUUGACCCCAGAGUUGGCUGAGCUCUUGUUGGCUCACAUGGCACGUGAACGUCUCCUUCGACCACGUACCCUGGAGCUUUUCUUCGGCUGCCCGCUGCAGAAGUUUGUCCUAAACUGCUACCCGUACACCACCAAUGAGCUGCUACGGCAACUGAGGGCGUUUUCCUGCCUCAAGCAUCUCAGCUUUUUCAACUCCCCACUUAUCACAGAUGCUGGUCUUAGCGUAUUGUCCAACCUCUCAAAACUGCAGCAUCUCAACCUGUCCUCCUGUAGCAAGCUAACAGACAGCUGCCUACAGCAUAUCGCAGGACUCCGCUGUCUCACUUUCCUGGCUCUGGACCAGACUAAAGUAAGCGACGCAGGUCUUCUGAUGUAUCUGCAAUCGGGUUCCUCUGUGCUCUGCCAGCUAAGUCUGAAUCAAACAGCCAUCACUGAGACCACAUUGGCUGCGCUUACCACAUGUGUACCGCAGCUACGAAUGCUUAGCAUCAAACACACCAAGGUGAGUGAUGUGUCUGCACUCGCAGAGCUCCGAAACCUGCAGACGCUUCACCUGGACGGCACAGGUGUGCAGGAAAAUUCUCUCCAGUGCCUAGCAACCCACCCCAGCCUAUCAGCUCUCAGUCUGGCUGGGAUACCAGUCACUGAUGGAAAUCAAACGCUAGAGAUCAUAUCAGGCCUGAGGCUCACCCAGUUGACACUCCCUGGCAGACACUCUGUUACAGACAGUGGACUCACGUUUCUCUGCAGACAAUCUUUGCUGUUAGAGCUCGAUCUGACCGAUUACACCCAGCUUACUGACCAUGGCAUUUCACAGCUUGCCAGCAUGACCAGGUUGAAGAAGCUGUCUCUUAGCAACACUCAGGUGAGUGAUACUGGGCUGCAGGGAUUGGUCCGUCUGAAAGAACUUCAGGAGCUGUGUCUCGACCGUACUGCCGUCACAAGCAGGGGGGUUGCUGCCCUUGUCACACAUUUACCACAUCUGCAGGUGAUUGGCUUGGCUAGUACACAAGUGGGCGACACAGUGAUCCGACGGGGUUUAGUUCACUGUCCACAGCUGCUUAAACUCAACCUCAGCAAAACCAGAAUCACAGAUCACGGUCUAAAGUUCCUGUGUCGUAUGCAGUUAAGUCAAGUGAAUCUGGAUGGCACAGGUGUAACUCUAUCUGGCAUUGCCAACCUGAUCUCCGCCUGUGCUCAUCUUACCAGCGUACGAGCCAGUCAUACCCGCGCUAUACCGCCAGAGCAACAGUCUGACGAUGAUGAUAACGACAGUGACAACAGUGCCACCAGUCCCCCACGAUCCUAGUCUUUCCUUUGAAUGUCUUGCUUUGGUUACAUCUUCUCAGCAUAAAGAUUCUUUCAAGCUUCCUUUGUUUUGGAGAAAAGGCAGUUUAAACUCCUUUAUCGAUAAAGUAGCACUACAGUCUCACUUGAGUUUGACAAUCAAGUUGAAAUACUUUGUUGAAUGUAGUACGAAAAACCGUUGUUAGCGUUUUGAACCAAAUGUUCAUGUUUUAUCUGCGUUUUUGUCUGUAAAAGAACUUAAAUGUGCCAUUGAUAUGCACAGUUCAAAUUUAUAUUUUCUCUUAACACUUUGCAUUUUUUUGUAAAACAAGCUUAAUGAUUUAUUAAAAUAUCAUUUUAUUAAUAUUAACCACUUGUAAUACAUAUACAGAUGUUAAGAGACGAAGCAUCAUUCUAGUUGCCUUGUGUUGCAAUAGUUUAGUAAUAAUGAUGCUGUUAAUUAUCUCGCCCAUAUAUUGAUAAUGAACUUUUCGCAUGACAUACUGUAAAUCUUGUACAUGGAAUAUUGCUGAGGAUUUGUGCAUGACCAUUUUGAUUCUAAACAGAAUUUUUUUUUAUUUGAAAAGUGAAUGAAAACAGUUAAUGUACUACACUGUUAGAUUUGAUGUGAAUAUACUGUAUUUUGGAUACAUGAAUCUGUAUGUCUGAAUGUUCAUUGAAGAACUCAGUGGAAGUUAUUUUGGACUUGGUUGCGCACACAGUUUCAACGAAAGUAGAAAUGUUUAAAUUUAGUUUAAAAUGUUUAACUUGUGUAGUUCAUGGAAUACAUGCCAGGGUACAUUCUAUGUAUGUACUGUAUUUUUUCACAUGUUAAACUAAUUAAAGUUAGACCUUGUUAUUAGUCCAAUGGCAUCCACUAAAUACAGGUUUACAUUAGAUUGUUAACUUAAAGUACAUCCCUAUCCAACACCGUUUAUAUCUAUUCAAAAUCUUUAUUCUGAAAUGUUCAAUGGUCAAAUUGGCACAAUGUAAUGCAGUUAUGAAGCAAGUGGAUGUUGAAAUAGUGCUUGGAGGGGGAGGGGGGGGGUCAAAUGAAUAGUGUAAUCACAGGCAUAUCAAAGCAUUGGCAUUUGACAGUUUUUGUAGAUAGUAUAAAGGCUUGUGUUUAUGCAUUUAUGUGCUGUACCUUUAAGCCUCUUAGUGCAAUAAUGUUUGAAAAUAUAAC